AUGGAGUAUACAAACUAUCAGAAAAAGACAAAGGAACAAACCGGGCAAUGUUCUUCCUCAGAGUCUUAUCCUUCUGCUAAACCUAUUCCUCCAAGCGGUGUCUGCUACACACAGCCAUUCCAACGCCCUUCUGUAGAAUGGGCGGCAAAUGUUAGGAAUAUCCAUUCGUUGCUCAUGUCUAGCGGCAAAAGUCCCUUUAGAAUGAAUCCGGUUUAUGCUCUUCCUCCAAAGACUUGUAUACCUUGUGAUACCACAGCAACUGUACCUGACUUGGCAUGCGAAUCUAGAAACGUGGAAAGACAUGAAGAAGCACGUAUAAUCAACGCUUUACACUACACCACAUCCUUGAACAAUAUUCCAUGGCCAACUCGUUUAGAGACGCCUACCCAGGAACUGUCUUUGGCUACUUACAAACAUCGCGAUCGUGUGUAUCAGCAGAAUUUUAACACGCAGCACAAGCGCCACGUAGAAAUGGCUUCCCAAAAGAAACGACUGAUUGAGCACAGCCUUCAAAUACAUCAUUUACGAAGCAAGCGUCGAUCACUUGAUGUGUUUAACAAAGGAUACGAAAACUGUGCAAAUGGGUCUACUGGUAUUUCUUGUCGUAUCAUAUUUCCGCAGCAAAAAAUACGCCAUAGAUCAAAGACAUUUCAAUUCUCAAUUAAUGAUAUCAUGCGUCAAGCAGAUCAACAAGAUAUCUUGGUGCCAAUUAGACUAGAUAUCGAGCACGAUGGUUAUGUUUUGCGAGAUACAUUCACAUGGAAUAUGAAUGAAACAUUGAUCACACCUUGCGACUUUGCACAAGUAAUGUGUGAAGAUAUGCAGUUACCCGUGGAUUUGUUCAAGAAAGAUAUUUCAAGAUCAAUCAGCAAACAAGUGAAUGAUUAUCAGCUGAAUGGGGGUUUAUAUGAACCUCUCACAAAGGUCACCGAGAUCCUAGACUCUAAGCAAGCCGUUAAAAAUGAUCGUUCGUUUUCUUUUGACACAGAUAUUGAAUGGCGUGUCUUGAUCAAACUUGAAAUAGUUGUGGGAAAUUUAGAACUGAUUGAUCAGUUCGAGUGGGACCUUGGAUGCCAUUAUAAUUCUCCAGAGAUGUUUGCAGAGAAAUUGACGACUGAACUCAGUUUGGGCGGCGAAUUCAGGCAAAUUCAAAUUCUUAGAAAAUAUUGUGUUACGAAUAAUGUUUGA